GAGGCGGAGGAGGUGGAGCAGAGCUGUGAGGAAGAAGAGCAGAGCUGUGAGGAAGAAGAGCAGAGAGGCGCUCCUUCACAGGAAUACCGCGGCGGAAAAGUUCCCAGCUGUUCCACUAAUCCCACGAAGAUCAGGAGGACUUCAGGUGGAGCAGAAAGUUCGGAGCUCGGAGGUGGCGAUGGUGAACAGCAGGGUGGAGGCACCCACGGUGGCAGUAAUGGGCGGCGGGACGGCAGGCCGGUCGUGCGCGGGAUGCGGGGGUCGGAUCGCGGACCGCUUCCUGCUCUUCUCCAUGGAGCGGUACUGGCACACGCGCUGCCUCAAGUGCUCCUGCUGCCACGCUCAGCUGGGCGAGUACAGCAGUACCUGCUACAGCAAAGGCGGCAUGAUCCUCUGCAAGAACGACUACAUCAGGCUGUUUGGGCACAGUGGAGCCUGCAGCGCUUGUGGACAGUCCAUACCUGCCAGCGAGAUGGUGAUGCGAGCACAAGGCAACGUUUACCACCUGAAGUGUUUCACGUGUGCGACCUGCAGGAACCGCCUGGUUCCCGGCGAUCGGUUCCACUACAUCAACGGGACGAUCUUCUGCGAGCACGACCGGCCGGGAGGAGGCCUGAUCAGCGGGCACUCUACUCCUCUGCAGGCCAACAGCAUCAUGUCUGACCAGAAGGUCUGCUGAGGAAGAGGACGGAAAACCAAACGUGUGCCUUCUCCCCCCACCUUUCUCCUUUGGCUCCUCUUCACCCUCCUCCCCCUCACCGUAAAUCCCAUUGGUCACCCUCCCUCUGAUCUGAUGGACUCCUGCCGCUGGUUCAGAUUUUAACUUCCCAACAGAGACUCUGAGGAGUAAACCUGAAGGAGCACUGUUGGGAUUUCACUGAUUAGCUCUGGCCUGGCUCACAGAGGAAAACUGGAACUCUCCCAUUUGUGAUUCUAAUGGAAUCUCCUUCACCCAGCCAGCUGCUCACAGUGGACGCUGAAUGAGGAGGACACUAAAAGCAAUGUGACUCCUGCAGGAGGUGAACUACGUAUUUACUAAAACCUUUUUUUGGUUUGAGUAAAACUCGUCAGGGUCUGUCACGUCCUCAUUUUAGCUACUCGAAGUUUCCUUCAACACGCUGACAGACGACUGGACAUCAACUCUGUACUGACUUAAAGACGAUUAAUCUGUGUGCUUCUCUGUGAAAUAUGUUAGUAAGUUAGUAAGAAGUCGCCCCCUAAUGGCCGUCUUCCCAACCACAGACAGGAGGAUCGAUUUCUCCAUGAAUUAUACGACUGUUUUUCCUGGUUUCAUUAAACUGAGCAUAGCCUUAUUUCAGUGCAUCUCAUAUGUGGCUCUAUGAGAGCUCCUUUCGCCUGUGCAAGCUGCUUUGCGACCCACCUCCACCUUAGCUCCUCUUUCUAAUGGUGUUUCCAACGUUUUCAGUGUCAUAUCUGCUGUGAUAUGUUCAUGUGUGCAGGGAGAUAUACUGCCAUAAAUAUAAAUUACUACAAAUGGAAAUAAGUCAUCUUUUGACUGUAGUGUCAAAACGGGGACAGACCCUUUAACUAAUCAAAGACCUUUAAUCUUAAUGCUCCCUGCUCUCAGGGAGUGCUUCCUCAUUGGUUAUUUGUGUGCAUUUUAACUAUUUAAACUACUAUGACUGAAAUUUGAUAUUUGACACAAGUGGCAGGAUUUUCCCUUUACAGACUUUUAUUGUGAAAAACCCAUCAGCUGAUGCAGAUGUUGACUCUGAACAGUUUCCUCCUUCAUAGCAGUUGUAUCGUUUAUAACUCACCUGUUUGGGUUUUAUUAAGACUUAGAAUAAUAGGCUUGCUCACCGGCUUUAGCUGAAUUAGUGCUCCACCCUCUGGUCCAGUCAUGGCUCCAACAAACCAACAAGGCGGUGGACAAAGAAGCUGAGGAUGCAAAAUGAUGGAUCUACCUUUUUCCUUUUACUAAGAAUUAAGAGUGUGAAGGUAACAUUCUUCAUCUGUUGUUGUUGUACUGAUGGCAUUAGUGCUGUGGAAGCUUUAUCAUGUGAACCAUUGUAGGAUGAAGAUGUAGCACGCUAAAGUUGAGUCCACCUGUCUCUGUGUGCUGAUGGCAAUUAUUAAACAACUCACACUGAUUAUUUGAAUAAAGACUUAUGUGACACUCUGA